UUCGACUGUAGUGCCCUUCCAUCCUCAUAGCAUGAUUUCGAGGGUUCGCAAUGCCGUGGGUGGAGGGACAUCACCUUCAGAUGUCGUGAGGUCGACGCCCAUGAAGCAUAGUUUAGGAGUGUCCGAGAAGCGCACAUGCUACAAGUACAUUCAAUCGCGGCAGCUAUCGGCUCUCGAGUUUUCGUCGCCAGACGUCGUGCGUGACUUGGUCAAGUCCAAGAACGGAGUGGACGUGUACGAAUCGCGGCUCAUGUGGCAAGACAUCCGCGCGGUCACACGUAUCAACGGCACCGUGAAGGACGUCAUGGCGCUGCUCUGUGCGGACGACACGGAAUCGUUUGUCGCCUGUCAAAAGGAGAUCCUGGGAGACGAUUUCGUCGGGGCAAAGGUUCUGGACUCGUGCCUCUCGGACGCAAAGCAUGACAGCUCGCAUUAUCAUUGCGGCCUCAAGUGGCUUGCCGUCACCGGCGACGUCGAUCAAGGGCAGCCGUCCACGUUCGACAUGGUGUUUCUCGAUUACACGGACGUAUGCCAGACAGCGGAUAAGCUAUGGAUGGGCUUUCGCAUCGUCGAAUCCAUUCGUGUCAAGGGAUGCCCGCCGAUUCCAGGGCAAGUACUUCCCCAUUCCUUCCAUAAAGAUAUCCAUCAUCAUCAUGGUGGGUCUGUGUACAGAUGCACGAGGGCGUCGAUUCGAAGCGAGGUGUAUGUAGUCGCCGACACGGCCACCUGGGGCGUGGUUGAAGUCACGUACGCUGCCCAUAUGGACUGGAAAAUGCCAGGAAAGCCAAAGGUGGACCGCCUCUCCGAUGCCGUGAUCCAACGCCUAACCAACAUGCGGUUGUUUUGCGAAAGCCAGCGGCUCAAGAAGAUCGAAAUCAUGGACCCAUUGGACUGGGUGCAGAACGCCGCGCGCUCCAGCUGUGCUAUUUGCGACCUCGCGUUCCAGUUUGUCCUGCGAACUAGACACCACUGUCGCAUGUGUGGUGAAGUGAUCUGUCGCAAAUGCAAUUCCAAGGUGGACGUGCCCACUGGCUUUGGCAUGAAGCAGCUGCGGGUGCGGGUGUGUGUGCACUGCCUCGUACGGUGCCGAGAGACGCAGACGGAGCUGCUCCAGCGGCCGUCGGCCCAGCCUGCGACAAGGAACCGACAACGAGAAGAAACGUUCUUGUGCCCCGACUAUUAGUGUAACGGUGAAGAUUAAUAAUAUCAAGUUAUAAUACA